AAAUAAUUUCUGGGCAUCGGGAUUGAAGCUGUCGUGAAGGGACGGGAUACGGGACUCGGGACUCAGGGCACGUGCGGUGACCGGCGGCAGAGUACGUCAUGAUGGCCCAUGACGCGUUCAAAUUAUCACGCGCUUUUUUCCUCCCUUGCGUGCAGGCCUUCCUGCCGAGUAUAAAAGGGCGUCGUCUUCGAUUCCAUCCCCCGUCGCUCCUUUCCUUCCUUCCUCCAUCAUCUCUUUCUUAUGCAGCGCAUUCCCUGCGUCGAUGCCGUCGUCUUCUAAAACGACAUACCCGCUAUCACUCGAUUCACUCGAUUCACCUCAGAGUCGCGUUAUCUGUGUAUCUCACACAUAAUCGAUGCAGAACCAUGUAUUAUAUCCCAGCCAUGGUCAUAUCUCUCCCAUACUCAGCUCAUCGCCUCGACACCGCCUAUUCCGCCAUCGGUCUCGCCGAUAUCUCGAAGACGAGAGAAUUCCCUGCAUUUGAUAUCGAUCUGUUCAUAGGACGGCAUGGUUGUCGAUGAAGCGAUAUUCCUGACGAGUGUACAGCAAAAGAGACGAAGUAUCGUCAAUGAUAGUUCACGGUCGGAGGUUAGCUACUAAACAUUGCCCUACUCCCCUUCUACGAUUGUCAGUGAGUCCUCCUUUUCU